AUGUCUACCCUUGUGCUCUCCUUCCUUUUAGGGUUCCUAUUACUGGUGCAACAUUCAAAACAAUCGGUGAACAAAGAGGACAGUGGUCCGGUGAGCCCCCACCGGAUACCUAUGAGUAUAGGUGGUGUUGUCGAUACGAGCAGUCGUGUAGGUAAGGAGCAGAAAUUAGCCAUGGAGAUGGCUGUUCAUGAUUUGCAUCAGUUGUCAACAGGUUCUGAGUUGGUUCUGAUCAACCUCAAGGAUUCUUAUGGGAACUCAGCUCAAGCGGCUUAUGCCGCAAUUGACCUCAUCGACCGCAAACAUGCCGAAGCCAUAGUUGGACCAUUGACCUUGCAUGAAGCUUCUGUGGUCCGUGAGUUAAACAAUGUCACCAAAGACAUCCCCAUCAUGUCCAUAGCCCCAAUACCACCCAUAUCUCCACCACUUCUGCCACCACAACCACCAUCUUUCAUCCAGAUGAGUAACGAUGUCACAACCCACAUGCAGUGCAUCGCCGCCAUUGUCGGUCACUUCAGGUGGCGAAAGGCUAAAUUUGACCACACUGUUGCAGCAAUUGACCUCAUCGACCGCAAACAUGCCGAAGCCAUAGUUGGACCAUUGACCUUGCAUGAAGCUUCUGUGGUCCGUGAGUUAAACAAUGUCACCAAAGACAUCCCCAUCAUGUCCAUAGCCCCAAUACCACCCAUAUCUCCACCACUUCUGCCACCACAACCACCAUCUUUCAUCCAGAUGAGUAACGAUCUCGCAACCCACAUGCAGUGCAUCGCCGCCAUUGUCGGUCACUUCAGGUGGCGAAAGGUGACAGCAAUAUAUGAACAAAGCACCAGUCUCUCCACUGAUUCUGAGCUCAUCAUUCACCUCUCCGACUCACUCCUAGCUGUCGACUCAGUCAUUGAGCGCCACACAGCUUUCCCUCCUAUAUCUUCUCUAACAAACACAAGAAACUUCAUUGAAGAAGAGCUGAAGAAGCUCAGAAGCAAGAGCAAUAGGGUGUUUAUACUCAUACAGUCUUCUUUAGACUUUGCCGCCAUUCUUUUCGAGAAGGCAAAGCAAAUGGGAAUGAUGGAGAAAGGGUACGUAUGGAUUGUUUCAGAUGACAUUGCAAGCCUUCUUGAUUCUGUUGGUCCAUCCGUCAUUUCUAACAUGCAAGGUGUAAUUGGUUUGAAGACCAACUUCAUAGACACUACUGAGUCUUAUAGACAGUUUAGAAUUAGAUUUCGCAGGAAUUUUACGUCAGAACACCCAGAAGAAGAGGAACAUCCAGACCCAAGUAUAUUUGCACUUCGAGCUUAUGAUGCAACAUGGGCCAUUGCUAAAGCCAUGCAAAUUUCUCAAAGAGAGAGAAAACCAAAAGGGUUAGUAAAUCACAUUUUGUCUAGUGAUUUUGAAGGUUUAUCUGGAAGAAUAAGAUUCAAUAAAGGCCGAUUAUCAGAAUUACCAACCUUUAGGAUCAUAAAUGUGAUUGGUAAAAGCUAUAGAGAAGUGGCAUUCUGGUCACUAGUAUUUGGUUUCUCUGAGGACUUCAUCAAACAGGAUGAAAUGAAGAAGAGAAUUGGCAAUGGUUUAGUUGGAGACUUGGAUUCAAUUUAUUGGCCAGGCCGUGAGCGAACGGUGCCAAAGGGAUGGAGUUUAGGUGAGGGAGAGACACGGUUGAAGAUCGGCGUUCCGGCGAGGGGUGCUUUCACCCAGUUUGUGAAUGUUUGGUAUGAUCCAAGUACGAAUAAAACGAAGGUGACCGGAUUUUCAAUUGACGUUUUUAAAGCUGCUGUGAAGAGGCUACGUUAUGACUUGUCAUAUGUGUUCGUUCCCUGGAAUGGCUCGUAUGAUGAAAUGGUAGCUGAAGUUCAUAAAAAGUCUUCUUUAGACUUUGCCGCCAUUCUUUUCGAGAAGGCAAAGCAAAUGGGAAUGAUGGAGAAAGGGUACGUAUGGAUUGUUACAGAUGACAUUGCAAGCCUUCUUGAUUCUGUUGAUCCAUCCGCCAUUUCUAACAUGCAAGGUGUAAUUGGUGUCAAGACCAACUUCAUAGACACAACUGAGUCUUAUAGACAGUUCAGACUCAGAUUUCGCAGGAAUUUUAGGUCAGAACACCCAGAAGAAGAGGAACAUUCAGACCCAAGUAUAUUUGCACUUCGAGCUUAUGAUGCAACGUUGGCCAUUGCUAGAGCCAUGCAAAUUUCACAAGGAGAGAGAAACUCAAAAGGGUUAAUAAAUCACAUUUUGUCUAGUGAUUUUGAAGGUUUAUCUGGGAGAAUAAGAUUCAAUAAAGGCCAAUUAUCAGAAUUACCAAUCUUUAGGAUCAUUAAUGUGAUUGGUAAAAGCUAUAGAGAAGUAACAUUCUGGUCACCAUUGUUUGGUUUCUCACAGGACUUCAUCAAACGGGUUGGAAUGAAGAUGAGAGUAGGCAAUGGUUUAGUGGGAGAGUUGGGUUCAAUUUACUGGCCAGGCGGUGACCAAAGUGUUCCAAAGGGAUGGAGUUUAGGUGAGGGAGAGAAACCGAUGAAGAUUGGUGUUCCGGCGAGGGGUGCUUUCAAUCAAUUUGUGAAUGUUAAUUAUGAUCCAAGCCGGAAUGAAACGUCGGUGACCGGAUUUUCAAUUGAAGUUUUUGAAGCUGCUGUGAAUAGGCUACCUUAUGACUUGCCAUAUGUGUUAGUUCCCUACUAUGGCUCCUAUGAUGAAAUGGUAGCUGAAGUUCAUAACAAGAGCUUGGAUGCAGCAGUUGGUGAUACAGAAAUAAUGGCGGAGCGGUACAAGUAUGCAGAAUUUUCACAGCCUUACAUAGAAUCUGGACUAGUUAUGGUAGUGACAGUGAAACCAGAUAUACAGAAGGAAAGGUUUCUGUUCAUGAAAGCCUUUAAAACGAAAAUGUGGGUGUUGAUGGCCAUAAUAAGCAUAGCCACAGGGUGUGUCAUCUGGUUGAUUGAGCAUGUAAACAACAAUCCAGAGUACGAAGGUUCAUUUCCUCACCAAAUUGGAGAAAUGCUUUGGUUUUCUAUGACUGUUCUCUCCUUUUCCCAAAGAGAAUCCAUUAAAAGCAACCUAUCUCGGGCAGUGCUAGCAACAUGGUUUUUUGUAAUUGUGAUAGUCUCAGCAUGUUUCACUGCAGUUCUUAGCUCCAUGAUGACUGUCCAAAGGCUCCAACCAUCUGUAAUAGACAUUGAAUACCUUCAAACAACAAACGCAGCUGUUGGGUGCAAUGGCAACUCUUUUAUUGUGAGGUAUUUGGUGAAUGUUUUGCACUUCAAGCCAGAGAAUAUAAAGAGCAUCAACUCAAUCAAUGACUACCCAGAAGCCUUUCAGAGAGGAGAGAUUAAAGCAGCUUUUUUUGUGGAUCCACAUGCCAAAGUCUUCUUUGCGAAAUAUUGUGAUGGCUAUACCAGGGCUGGGGCUAGCUUCAAGCUUGGUGGUUUUGGCUUUGUCUUUCCAAAGGGUUCUCCACUGGCCACUGAUAUUUCAGAGGCAAUUCUCAAGGUAACAGAAAGUGGAGAGAUAAACACAUUGGAGAAACACAUGCUUUCCUUUUCAAACUGCUCCUCAUCAGUUGGCAUAUCCGAUGACCCAAGCUUAGACUACGAGCCUUUCUCCGGUCUGUUCAUCGUCUCUGGUGGCAUUUCUGCAGCUGCAUUGUUAAUCACCAUUGCUCGUCUUCUCGACAGGCACCGGCCGAUAACCGGCUUCAUUCAAACCUCACUGAUCAACAGAAGAGUUUGCAGUUGGGCUUCUUUGCUCCUCAUCCAAUGCUACUCGAGAUUUGGGUUUCAGUUCUUUAGAGAAAGCUUUAUUAGAAGAGCAAAUGACCAAAUGAAUGUGCCUGAUGCCCAGGAGGAGAAUUUGAUAGGCAUUGAGUUAGCAAGAAAUCAUGACAUUUGA